AUGCCAUCCGCAAUCUUGAAAGAAGCAAAACCAGAUGGUCCGCGAAGGGUACCAUUGCGGGAAGCAGACCUCAAGAAUGGGACUUAUUCGGCCCCAGCGCUGCAGAUGGCCCUUGAAGGUCUGCACCAAGAUGGCAUGGUCAUCCUCAAGGAUGUGGUGAACAGAGAGCAUUGCGACAUCUUGCACGAGCAUAUGAGUGCUGAUCGAGAUCGGAUUCUCCGAGAACGCCACGCCGGUGCAAAGGUAUACAAUCAAGGAGUUAAGUCCAAUAUUCUGCAGGCACCCCCUUUCACGAGGCCGGAGUUGCUAUUCGAUGACGUUCACUUCAACCCCUUCGUGGUCCAAGUGAUGAAUGCUUAUCUUGGAGCGAAUCCCAAAUGGAUAAUGUCGACAGGCAACAAUGCGCUCGCAGGAACCGGUGGUCUUCGACAACCCGUACACAAGGACACCAGGUUCCGUCACCCAAAGUGUCCGUUCGUGAUUGUUGCCAACACUGCACUGAAUGACUUCACCCUUGAAAACGGUGCAACAGAAUUCUGGCUUGGCUCCCAUGCGUUUACCGAUGAGCGUGACCAGACUACUGCCACACCAGAGACAGUGUUCGGUAAGCAGAAAGUUGGCACGCCUUCAUGUCCGGUUCGCGAGGAUGUUGUCGAGGCACGUCGGGCCAUCCGGCCACCCGUAAGGGCAACAAUGUCAAAGGGCGACGUGAUGUUGCGAGACUUCCGAUGUUGGCAUGCAGGAAUGCCUAAUGCAACUGAGCAAGAUCGCAUCAUGGUGGCACAGAUAUGGAUGGUAAGAAGAACGUUGUGCUUGACUUCAAUGAUUGCUGACUUUGCCGAGGCGCCGUGGUACCCGAAUUUUGUUACACGCCUAAACUUGCCUCUAUCACAGGCCGAGUUCUUCCAGAGUCAUGCCAACAAGUUGCCGAUGGAGAUCAUGGCAAACUACGUGAGCGAUGAUGCUGUGGAGUUUGACCAACACCGGGACAAUUUCUCUAUGGAACCAAGUCACUAUCUUGACUACUAUGAUACGGCCCCUGAGAAUUAUAGGUACGAGUGA